AUGGGUGAGGAAGUGAAGCUACAUGGGACAUGGGCAAGUCCAUUUAGUUGUCGAGUGAUAUGGGCUUUGAAACUAAAGGGCAUACCGUAUGAAUACAUAGAAGAAGAUCUUUCCAACAAAAGUUCCCAACUUCUACAACACAAUCCAGUCCACAAGAAGAUCCCAGUGCUUGUUCAUGGCGGAAAAGCAAUUUGUGAGUCCAUGAUUAUCCUUGAAUAUGUUGAAGAGAUGUGGCCACAGAACCCAUUGCUGCCUACUGAUCCUUAUGAGAGAGCCGAUGCUCGGUUCUGGAUCAAAUUUGCUGAAGAGAAGGGUCCUGCAAUGUGGAUGGUCUACCGAACUAGUGGCGAAGAACAAGAGAAGGCUGUGAAGGACACGUUGGAGAUGCUAAGAGCCAUCGAAGCACAUGGUCUUGUAGACAAGAAAUAUUUUGGUGGUGACAAGAUUGGAAUUGUAGACAUUGCCUUUGGACAGAUUGCUCAAUGGUUGGGAAUCAUUGAAAACAUCGUUGGGGUCAAGCUGCUUGAAGCUCACAAAUUUCCUCGCUUGCAUGCAUGGAUCAAGAAUUUCAAGGAAGUUCCUAUUAUCAAAGAGAAUCUUCCUGAUCGUGAUGAAAUGAUGGUCGUUUAUAAGCGUUUCAGGGAAAUGUUGCUGACACGUUUGAAAUCUGAGAGAAUCCUAAAGGAAAUUAGAAUACUAGUGCAAGGAUAA